GAAAGAGAGAGGAAGCCUAACCUUCGAUGACAGAUAACAGUAUAUGAGGACUAAUGUAACUGGAUGAUCGAAGGGUUGACAGCCGAUGUGUGGCAAGAAAGAGAAAAAGGGAAGUGCCUCCACAGUAAAUGGGCGUGGAAGUUUCACACAAGAGUUUCGCUCCCAGCUCUCUCUCAACAACUUAUAUGGCACAGGGCUUUCACAGGGACGGGCCUUCAAGCUGUUUGUUUUUUGAAUUCCCACUACAUUAACAGUUAUUGUGUUUGGAUGACCACACGUGGAAAUCUUAACCCAUCCGUUCAUAUAUAAAGGAAGAAAGACACUUCAUUUGGCAGCUGUCACCUUAAACUGGAAUACUGUUAAAAGCAAAAGAAGACAAAACACCUGCCUGCUACUUCAUUAAGAUUUUCAUAUACAUCUGGAUACACAGGACAGACUGAGGAGCAUUGCAUUUUAGAUUGAAUCAGUUUGCAGAAAUGCCCAAAUCUCAGGAGACGAGUGAAAUUAAAAUGGAAGAAGUCCCGCUGAACACCAUUCCAGGGACUGGGGGCACUACAGUGAUCAGCAUCUCUGAGCGGUGUGCCGCCGCCUCCUGCUGCGAGGACAGGAACCACAGGAUACUCGCCAUUUGCAGCAUCAUCUGUGGACUCUCCUGCAUCGGAAUCCCGGCUCUGAUCAAUUCAGUCAAGGCUGAGAAUACUACAGGUCAAGAGAGAAAGAAUUUCUUAAAACGGGCAAGGAAAUGUGGCAUCAUCUCCAUCGUGGUAUGGUUUGCCAUUCUGGUUUCAAUUCCCAUCCUGAUGGCCUUCAUCUCAUACAUCAUCACGCUGAAAGAAUGACAAACUCUGAUAAACCUCUACUGAAGACAACCAUAAGAGUGACUUUGGAUGUUGAUGUUGACAGUGGACAGUACAAACAUCAUCCAUGAAGCUAUGAGGAAACUGGUUACACAAAAAGGCAGCUUUAGUGUUUCUUGUGCCGACGAAGUGUCCCAGUUUACACUUUUUUUUUUAAUAAUAUUUUUUACACAACACUUAAAAACAGUACCAAAAGCUUUACAACUUUUACAUACUGUAAUAUUUAUUUAACAAUGAGAACAUUUGGAAAAUUCUAAUCUAAAUGCCCAUAUAAAAUUCACUUUGAGACAUGGCACUAUGACAAAUUAUAUAUUAAAGAUUAGAAAAUGUCAUUCCCCAGUAAUGACCCAACCCUUAUAUAUUUGCACCUUAAAUGCCAUUACAAUAACAUCAUUCUUAGAUACCGUAUAUACUCCAGAAGUUAAUACAUUACUUAAAUCUGUGAAUCUAAAAAGGUGGAGAACGGACUCGUUCAUCAAGGAUGGGGUCCUUGCAGAAAAUAAAAUGGCAGCGCUACAUCAGAACAAGACCCUGCGCUUGUUGCCAGCAUUAUCUUCUUGUUACCGUAAUACUUUUAUUAAUGUCAAAUGUAUCAAUAUGUUGUACUUUUAUACAUGUAUAUAAAAAGAAAUAUUUCGUAAUAAAAACCUUUGUGCUAAGA